AUGAGCAAGCAAGUUCUGUUAUCUCUAUCAAGUGGCGAGAAGUAUGUUGGCAAGGUCGUGUAUACUGUGGGAGACUCGAAUGGUGUGCUGGCGCUGGUCGUGGUAUCGACGUUCUCGUUGACGGCGGCGUCUGGGCUUCUGACUGCUCUGGCGGUGUCUGCGUUCAAUACACGGAAGUCGGUGAACCCGCAUUUGUUCGUACGAAGUCAUGUUGCGGCAUACUUCUCGUCCCUCCUAAUCAGCGAUGUCAUACAAGCUUUUGGCUCUCUGAUGAACGCGAGGUGGCAUAAUGAAAUGGGUGUCACUUACGGUUCAUUUUGUGUUGCUCAGGGUGUGAUAAAGCAACUCGCAGACUUGGGCACUUCAGUCUGGUCAUUUGUUAUCGCAUUACACACAUUCUUGGUCGUUUUCAUGCGCUGGAAUCUGGGCAAGCGCUUUCUCCUUGGGUUCCUCAUAGGCGGGUGGUCACUCAUUCUAUUCAUCCUCAUCCUUGGUCCCGCCUUGGAGACCAAAGCUCGUGGCCCUUUCUAUGGCAUUUCCGGAUUGUGGUGCUGGAUAUCCGAUGACUAUCCAUGGGAGCGUGUUCCGUUGGACUACAUGUUUUUGUUCAUCUCGGCCUUCGGGAGCUUCAUCCUGUAUGGUCUUGUCUUUUUCAGUAUGCGGGGCAACAUCACCAUGCAAGGUUGGCGCAUGCGCGUACGCCUCCAUCGGGAUCAGUACACCAAGAAGGAAGUGGAUGCUCAAUGUGUCACUAUCGCGAGACAGAUGUUGUGGUAUCCAGUCGCAUUCACUCUACUGGUCUUCCCGAUAGCUACAUGCCGCUUUGUGGAAUGGAGUGGCCAUGAUGUAGCAGAUGGGGUAUCUUUCUUCAGCGAUGCCGUUUUCCUGAUGUCUGGCAUGGUCAAUGUCAUUCUAUUCUUGGCGACGCGUCGCGUCCUGCCAGAGGGGAGUGUCAUUCCGAAGUCGUUCUCCCGGUGGCUCUCCAAAUUCAUCCCUAAGAAGCCGGACCCAGGUCCGAACGUGCGAUUCGUCAAUGUCCCGUCAAGUAUCGACAUUGAGAAAGCCAACGACCAAGGCCCCAACACCGGAGGAUUGUAUAGCGUCGACCUCAACGCCAAGACACCAGGGUACGAUCGAGACUCGUACGGGUCUGAGAUCACAAUCCAGGUGCAUUCCGACAAUGGCGACCGCGUCCACGUCGGUCCCGAGCAUCCGGAAGUCCAGGACCGCGUACACCUCGCUCCUACUCACUUCGAAGCAGAACACUAUGACGUGGGACACUACGACGAAGAUGCACGUGAGAUCCAUGGCGAUCUCAGGUCUCCCCCUGGUUUGGACUACGAUCCAUACUACCAGUCGGCCGGUUUGGGUAGAGGCAGCGGGCCUGCGGUGGAUCCUUACUACCACCAAGAUAACUUACCAACCAUAGCCGUUCACAGUCCACGGAGCGCGCCCAUGGGGUUGAACCCUCGUAGUCCCGCCCGCAAUGCGACCUUUCCGAUGAGUGCGAGAUUGCCACCUAGUCGCUCGUGGAGAUAG